AUGUAAAACAAUUACGACCAACUAUUAGAAGAAACCAAAACAAAAAUCCUUGCCAUGGUUGAUCUUAAACCAGAAAAUCAAUGGACUUUAGAGGCUAACAAAGAUGGCUAUGUAAUUUAGACCAAAAACAAUCCUGAAAAUGGUCUAAAAAUUAGCAGAACUGAAACCAAUGCCGAUGUAAAUCCAGAGGAGUUUGUUAAUUUUGUGAUUGAUAUGACCAGAAAACAUGAGUACGAUUCACAUUUACAAGAGGUAUUAUGUUAACUUAUUGUUUAAUAGGGAAAAUUAAUAGAAAAAGUGGAUCAAAACACUUUCAUAUUUUAUGCAAAGGGAAAGCCUCCUACAUUCUUCGUAGAUCCUAGAGACUUUUGUAUGGUGAGUCGAGUCUAUAAAUUAGGUGAAAAUCAUUUUAUGACGAUAUGUAAAUAUAUAAUAGACUUUAUUAGCUAAAUCAAUUGAGCAUCCUAAAGCACCAGUAGUCAAUGGAAUUCAAAGAGGAGAGGUUGUAUUCUAGGCUUGGAUUGUAAAGAAAUUACCUAAUGGACAAACAAAUCUUAUUAGUAUAGCUAACAUGAAUCCAAAGGGUGACAUUCCUAAGGCUCUGAUUAAUCAAGGUGCUUAACACUAAGCAGAAGGAGUCAAGAAAUCAAUUGAACAUUGGAUAAAGAAUAAAAAAAAAUGA